UUUUUUUUUUUUUAAUUAAAUAUCGAAUGAAUAAAGAAGUAACAAAUAAAGAUAUACCAGUAGUUACUUUAAAUAAUCAACCAAUUAAUAAUUUGAUCCCAUUAACGACAGAAGAGCCCAUUCGUAGAAAAUGGUUAAGAUCAGAAUUAGAAGAUAUUAAUAAAGACGAGAAUAAUGAAGGUUACGAAGAUGAAUCAUCCUCAUCAGAAUCCUCAUCAGAGGACAGUGAUGAAGAGGAUUCAAUGAUAGAAGAGGAGGAGGAAUCAAAUAAGAAAAACGAAGAAGAAGAAGAAAUGAAGAGAAAGAAUGAUGAUAGUUCUCAACCAAAAGAUAUUAUGGCUUAUUUACAACGAGAAUUGAUGGAAUAUCAAGAACGGCAAGAAGGUGAAUCAGCUGCUUAUGAACAACGAGUAGCUGAAGCUGAAACAGAAGAAGAUAUAUUAGAAGCAGAUCCUGAACUAUUACGUAGAACAGAAAGUAAUCGAUAUAUCCCUUAUGAUGAAGCAAGUAUGUCACAGCCCAAGGAUACAAGUAGCAAUAUCCAUAGUCUCUCAAACGAUCCUAUACAACAAGAACUACUUGUCUUUGCAGAUAAUCCUGCUGUAAUCGAAGAUACCAAUAAAUUAUCUGUCAUUCAUUAUUAUGGUGCGGGUAAAAAUGGUAUCCUGCCCAUGAAAUAUCGUAUAAAACGUAAAACUAAAUCCUAUUUGGUGGCAUGUGAUUUUAGUAAAGAAAGUAUCUAUGCUAUUGAAUGGACAAUGGGAACUAUGAUGCGAGAUGGUGAUGAACUUCAUAUUGCCACUAUUUCGAAUAGAGAAGACAAUCCAGAUAUAGUAAAGGCAACAGGAUUAGAUCCAAAAGGAGAGCUACAUGCAACAUCCAAUGCUUUAAUCAAGGAAGCAAAAAAGUUGAUGGGACAAAUGAUGUUAUUUAAUGUUAAACUAGUCACACAUGUCUUGAUUGGACAUGUGAAGGAUUGUUUAAAAUCUUUAACAAGAGAACAUGAAUUUACAAUGUUAAUUUGUGGUAGUCGAGGUAGAAGUUCAAUGAGAAAGCUAUUGAUGGGAUCUGUGUCAACUUAUCUUGUACACAAGUCACCUGUUCCAGUAGCAGUUAUUCGUAGACAAAAGAAAAAGAAGAAGACUAAUAAAAAUCAACCCUUAGAAGCUCAUGCAUUAAGUGAAAGCGUAAAAACAGGUCAAUUAGUCGUAGAUGAAUUAAGUAACAAAUAAAUAAAUAAAAUUACGCAUAUUACCUUUGUGGCCCUAUCUCUAUUUUUUUUGUCAUAGCAACCUAUUUAUGAUUACCAUAUUUGGAAAAGAAGUGUAAGGCGUAACUAUAAUAGCAUAUUUCUAUAAAAAGAAAAAAAAAACUGUAAACUAUACUUGUUGUAAUUGCUUUGGCAAGAAAAGGUUAUAUGUAUUUAUAUCAGAUUAUGAUAAUCACAACAUGUAGUAUAUAAAACAAGUUUUUCAAACUUUUGUAAUUUUAUUAGUAGCCAAAACUGAUAAAGAAGUUAGUUUAUAUAUUAAAAUAAAAUUAUUUUUUUUUAAUAUAAAAAAGAAAAAGACCAACAGUUAGCGUGCAAACUAAUUUUACAACAAGUAAGUUCAUCAUUAUCUUUUAACCUAAAAUAUGUAAACUUUUAU